CGCGGCGGAAGCGGCGCCGCGUCAUUGUCGUGCGCCGGGCGGGAGCGGGGCGCGGGAGCGCCGCCAUGGCCGGGAUCCUCUUCGAGGACAUCUUCGACGUGAAGGACAUCGACCCCGAGGGAAAGAAGUUCGACCGCGUGUCCCGCCUGCACUGCGAGAGUGAGUCCUUCAAGAUGGAUCUCAUCCUGGAUGUGAACAUCCAGAUCUACCCUGUGGACCUCGGGGACAAAUUCCGCCUGGUCAUUGCCAGCACCUUGUACGAAGAUGGCACCCUGGAUGAUGGCGAGUAUAACCCCACUGACGACAGGCCAUCCAGGGCAGACCAGUUCGAGUACGUGAUGUACGGCAAGGUGUACAGGAUCGAGGGGGAUGAGACCUCCACGGAGGCAGCCACGCGCCUCUCUGCCUACGUGUCCUACGGGGGGCUGCUCAUGCGGCUGCAGGGAGACGCAAACAACCUGCACGGGUUUGAAGUGGACUCUCGUGUUUACCUGCUGAUGAAGAAGCUGGCCUUCUAGGAGACCUGCCCUGGGGAUGUUCUGCUGAUGGGCAAACAGGAGCCCUGUGACCCCAAAUUGUGCCCCGGCUUCCACGCUGCCUGGUCCCUCUGGAGCUGGAGGAGGAAAAGAAAGUCCCCCCCUCCUCAUCCCGGCCUCUUCUGAUUCCUGCUGGGAUCCACAGCCCUCUCUUGUAUGGAGAGAGGUGCCUGUCGGCUGAGUGGAGUCUAUGCUGGGUGCUCUGCGGUCCUUGCUGGGCGUCUCCUCCCACCUCUGCCUUCCUAUGCUUCCAGAGCAGGAGCAGACCCGGCUCUGGCUAGGGACAGCUGGAUUGGGACAGCCACCAUCUGCCUCAGGGCUAGGGACCAUCUCCUAAGGAGCCAUCCUGAGGCUGGCCGGGCUUGUUCUUGAUUAAACUGGGAUGUUUUCUA